AUGAAGUGGGCUACUAUCACCACGGCUUUACUGCCAUUGGCCUCGGCCAGCGGCUUUACUCGUCAGCAAUAUGCCUCGGGAGAGGUUAUGGAGCUGAUGAUGAAUGGCAAGGAGUCUGCCUGGGCCAAGCAACGUGCUGCUGGUAACUUCGACAGCGCCAGGUGGAGCGGCUUCGAGCAAAAGAGGGCCGACAAGAGCGUUAUCAAGUGCAAGCAUGGUCGCGUCGAGGCUGUGAAGAACGACCCAGACCAGACGUACAGGUGCAACAACAUUGACUUGUACGACUUCAAGACACACGCCGAGCUCGGUGACCCUAUCGGAGACGGCUCUGGAUCUUGGGGAUGGACACACCGUGGCCGUGAAUUCAUUGCCAUCGGCCAAACCUACGGUGCUUCCUUCUCUGAGGUUACCAAGGAGGGCAAGCUCGAGUACCUUGGUCGUCUUCCCGCCCAGAAUGACUCUGUCAUCUGGCGUGAGAUCAAAGUCCUCGGCGACUCUCUCAUUGUUGGGUCUGAAGGUAUUGGACAUCACGUCCAGAUCUUUGACCUGAAGAAGCUGCUCAAGCUUUCUCCCAAGAAGCCUUACACCUUUGACAAGGUUAAGGAUGUUGCUCUUGUCGACAUCAACCAGGGUAUCAAGGGUCGUACCCACACCGUCGUCGCCAACGAGGAGAAGAACUACGCCGUUGCCUGCGGAGCCGGCGGUCGACCAGGCCGUAACGAUACUUGUGCUGGUGGUCCCAUGUUCAUCAACAUGGAGAACCCAGCCAAGCCCUAUGUUGAGGGAUGCUUUUCCGGUGACGGGUACGUUCACGACAGUCAAUGUAUCGUUUACCGUGGUCCUCACAAGAAAUACUACGGACGGGAUAUCUGCUUCUUGUACGCAGAAGACACUUUAACGAUCAUUGAUGCAACUAAUAAGAAAGGCUUUGGCACUGCUGGAAAGAUGAUUUCUCGCACUCCAUAUGUCGGUGCUUCCUACACCCACCAGGGCUGGGUUAUUGACCCCUACUGGCAAACCCACAUUGUUAUGGACGACGAGCUCGACGAGGGCCAGAUCGAUCCUAACCGCACUGCUGUAGACUCUCCCGCGAAAGACGGCUUUGCAGUCACCUACAUUGUUGAUAUCCAGAACCUCGAGAAGCCCUUCGUCAGCGGUCUUUACAAGACCACUGUCCGCUCCGUCGACCACAACCAGUACGUCUACGAUGGUCUUUCCUACCAGUCCAACUACCAGGCUGGUCUCCGAAUUCUUGACGUCUCUUCGAUUCCAAAGUAUCCGGAUGGUUCGAAGAUCAAGGAAAUUGCUUACUUCGAUGUCUACCCUGGCGAUGACGCCAAGCCCGGCGGUGGUGACGCUCUCUGGGACGCUGGUACCUGGUCCGCCUACACCUUCGACUCUGGCUACGUUGUCAUCAACACCAUUGACCGUGGUGUCUUUGUUGUCAAGCAGGCCGAUGUCAAGGGCCGCAAGAAGGGCAAGGGUCAGUUCUGGAAGGACUAG